CCCGGUCGUCUUCUCCCUCGGCGGUGCCACCAAACCGGACGAGCGGGGGAGGAGGUGUUCAGAUCAGCUCAUCGCUCCCUCCCUUUAUCCUCCGGAUCCAGCUGCCCCCGACCGAGAUCUGCUCCGGCGGGCGAUGAGAGCAUGACCCCCGCGCAGGACCCCUUCUACAUCGUCAAGGACGAGAUCCAGGAUUCCAUUGACAAAGUACAAGACACUUUUAAUCAAUGGAAGCAAACACCUGAAAACACAGGCGAGUAUGUGCAUCUGACCAGAGAACUGCUAACCACCUGUGAGAGUGUCCAAUGGCAGGUGGAUGAGUUAGAGAAGGCAAUCUCAGUUGCUGAGAGAGAUCCAGCUUACUAUGGACUUAACGAGGUUGAAAUUGGAAAAAGGAGGAACUGGACUAGCACUGCCCGCAGCCAGGUGGUCUCCGUACGGAGGAAUGUUGAAGCUGGAAAGCACAAGGGUGCAUUUGGACGUUCAGCCAAUCCUCCCGAACUAGGCAGAUCCAAGCAGCACAUUGCUCAGGAUAACGAUGACUUCAUUGCUUCAGAAUCUGAUCAACAGAUGCUCCUGAUGAAGCGUCAAGAUGAUGAGCUGGAUGCUCUUAGUGCUAGUGUCCAGCGAAUUGGAGGUGUAGGUCUCACAAUACACGAAGAGCUUGUCGGACAGGAAAAACUUUUAGGUGAACUAAGCCUCGACAUGGAAACUACUUCCAAUCGGCUCGAUUUUGUGCAGAAAAGAGUGGCUAUGGUUCUAAAGAAGGCCAGCUUGAAAGGGCAGAUCAUGAUGAUAGCUUUCUUGGUGGUACUUUUCAUCAUCCUUUUCGUUUUGGUAUUCUUGACUUGAGAGAUGGAGCUUAAGUUGUGUGAGUAUUUGCCAUGAGGUGUAGAGAACAUAGCACAUAAGUAUAAUCGAUUCAUGUAAUUGUGACCAGUAUAGUUUUGCUCUAAGGGGAUCUGCCUCUGCCAAGUAAUAUCAAAGUCAUUUUUCCUGUAA